GCGCGUUAUCGCCGCUGUUCGCUUGACUCAACUCAAAACUUAAGCGCUUUACUUUGCGCAAAAAUCGACAAAACCGCUGAAUACAAUACAAGGUCACAAUUUAUAAGACGUUAAAUCAAGCGUGUAACUAACGUGACUUAAGUACCAUUCGAAUUAAUGCUUGGCAUUCCCCUAUUCAUUGUUUCUGUGGUUAUCAUCGCGAAUCUGCGCGCCCGGUGUGAUUGCAGUGUUUAAUCAAGUGGUGUGUUGUUGGCGUAGUACGAUGAUUGUGAUGUUGUGAUGAACGCGUUGCAUUCGAUUGGCGCACGUCGUUGUUGGUUGUGCGGUGAAUAUUCGUCGAUGAUGUUUCGUCACGAUCGGCGUCCUACUUGCUGCCAUCGCGAGCCAUCGAUGUUGUUACGUCGGCGACGGCGACACUGCCAACCUCGCGUGGUAUUUGUUUAAACAUUCACGUAUGGUUUUUCGGUGGUCACAUGGUCAAACAAAUGUUUAUUGACAUUUGAUAAGCAAAAAUCAAGAUUUUUAGACUUGACUUAAGUGAAUUCAGUGCAGAUUUAAGUAAAUUUAGUGUAAUUGUUGUUGAACAAACAUUGUUAUUGGAUUAUUGGAGAUAUUAUUACAUUUGUGAUGGCGACAGCGACCCAGACCCAAAGUCAACCGAAUUGGCAAUUUCCUGCCACAACCAACAACAUUCAGUCGGCGCCGAGCGUUCGUUCUGGACAAUCACCUGCAAUCACUCAGAAGCCGAUAACACCAAUCAAAUCGCCCACGCCGACGAAUAAGUUCAAUCUGGAGCAUUCAACGUUCUCACAAGUGCGUAAAAAGUUGGAGGAAUCACGGAAAUUAUUCCUACGCCAACAAAACACAGGUGGAGAUGAAGAAGAAGAUAGGUUAUGUGAGGAAAAGUCAAUAAUUGAGGUUAAACCAACCAAAAAUGACGUUCAGAGUAAAAAAGAAGUAUUGACAAGAUUAAGCUCCGCCUCGUCCAAUCAAAACACCGAUGAUGUUAACCCUCGACGCCCCACGAAGAAAAUUAGUUUCAAAAUACGAAAAAACGCUUCGAUUUAUCGCCGAAAAGCACCCGAACCAAAACUGAAUUUAGUCCAAGAAUUGACAAAGAAAUACAAUGAGCUUGACGAACAACGCGGCACGACUACAACCGAAAAAGCCCGAGUGAUCAAACGUAAUAGUCAGAACCUAAAACGCAGGCCCAGUGCCAAAGAAACACAAAAGAAAAUUGAUACAAAAGCUAAAGAAAGCAAUAACAGUGUCAAAGCAGCCAUCGCCAUCUUCGAACAGAAAUGCACACUAAAAUCCCCUAAAAGUGAAUCAACACCAUCUGGUGGCGUUAGUGAUGGGGUAAAACCCCAGGUGGCAGCAAAGACGUUCGACGCCAAGGCGAUCGCGAUGCGCAAUCAGGAGAAACGCAUGCGCUUGCAAAAGAAAUUGAACAAUGGCGGUAAUACUUGCGGCACAAUUGACGGCGAUCGCAUCGUGGAGAUGCCACGAUGUAACAGCGCCAUUGUUACGGAUUUACGUAACGAUAAUAAUAAUCGGCGUGGUAACGUCGACGACGCGUCGCCGAGCGUCGUCAGUUCAAUCGCGAGCGGUAAUCGAGACACAUCGGCGCCGACCGACGACCACAAGAUGGACGCGUGCGACGUCACCGAUGAACUACAAGUGGUGAGUUUGCCAAUGGCAACACUUAAACGCUGUGAGAGUAACUACGAGUGUCAGAAAUUCGCGCGUUAUCAACAAACACGUUUAUCAUCGAGUAAAUUAAGUGAAUUAAUUGAUACAACCGUGAAUAAAGUUGAUUAUGAAUGUAAAACCACAGAUGGCGUUAGUAUUUAUACACUAGAUGUCAAAAAGGUUGAAAAUGACACUUUGGACGAUGAUUAUGAGUUUGUAGUGCCUCCUGAGGAUGAUUCCAAUAACAUAACCUUGAAUAAUGAUGAUAAAAAGGUGGAAAGUGAAGAAGUGCCGCCAUUACCGCCGCGUACGAAUAAAAUAUCACAGAUUUAUACUACUUUGGCGACGCCAACGCCACCUGUCGAUCAAAUCAUCAAUAAUACCACUGAUGAUGAUUAUGAAAUACCGGAAGUGCCUCCGGAAACACCCCAGGAGGAUUCCCACGAAGAAAAUAUUUAUGAAUCUUUAUCAAGAUGUUCACGUCAAUCUUCUGACCGGUUUCGAUCAAGAAAAAGCUCUGCUGGUUUAUCUAGGAAUCAACAUGAGCCAUUACCACCUCGUCCGCCAUCUUCUGCAUCAUCAACGCCAUCUAUCGAGUAUGAAAACGACGAAUCUAAUUAUUACGAGAGUAUUUAUAGUAAACGUGAUGAUAAUUACGAAAGUAUCUACGGUGGAAGUCGGCUGGAAUGCGACAAGAAACGAAAUUCCAUUUCUGUGCACUCUGUGCAAUCCGAUCAACAAAGUAAUAGUAUUUAUGGUCGAUCUAUUACUAGUUGGGCAGAAGAAGUACUGGAUACUUAUAUUGGCGGUGGUAGUUGCGCUAGUUUCAGCGGAAGUAGUCAAAAUGGUGGUAGUGUUAAAGCUGUCAGUGAGUUGAGUGGCUGUAGCGAUGAUUGGGUGGAUAUUUCCGAUCAUGAGUGUGACGAUGAUGCACGAAAGAAUAAAUUCGUCAUAGUGCGUGAAGCAAGACACCAAAAAGUCACGAAGAAAAACUCUGGAUGGUCGCAGAGAAUCCGCGGGCAGUGGAAUAAAGUGCCAAAGAAGAUGAAUCACGGCGACACGGAUUCGGAUCACACGUACGAGACGCUCUACGGCAGUGAUGGUCUACCGGUCGGCACGCAAAAUGGCGGCCAUGCUCACCAACAGCCGCAAACCUAUCAGUUGCCGGCAUUGCAUCAUCAUCCGUCGCACGAAAUCGAAGGUCAUCUCGAUGAUGACGACGACUUCGACUCGUUCGAGAGCGAUAGCGAAAGCGACAAUUCUUUCGCCAAGACUGACAGCGGUGUUGACAUGGGCAAUACCCAAUUACCAGAACCCCCAGCUAAUCAAACGUAUGCAUUCACUAGAUUUGCCGCCUCCGCUGGUAAAAACGUCAUGAAACGCCUGCGACGCAAUUGGUCCAUGCGUAAAAACGACAUCUCCAAGAGCCUGAGUCGUAUCACCAAAAGAAAAUCACGCACUGAUCUUGACAGCAUAGAAGCAGAAGCCCCGCCUCCACCAAUCACAGAUAAAAACACAAUUGGUAGACGUGGAUUUUUAAAUAAAUUCAAACGAAGCAUGUCAAUGACAGGUGAUGUGGGUGACCAUUUUGCAGACAGGCCAAAAUCAACGUUCUACAUUACCGACCCUAUUAAUUUAGACUCCACACUCGUAGAUGAGCAGGAAAAUGAACAACCACCCGUAGAACGCCCCGAACGCAAAUCAAAACCGAAUCUAGUCAGGCCUCAAAUGCCACCGCCUCCAGCACCCACCUCCCCCACUCCUUCUACAACCUCAACCCCAACACCGCCUUCGUUAAAAUCACGCUCACAAAGCUGGUAUGCUGAAUGUGGUGUGUUUAAGCCUGAUGCGCAAGCGCCUGCAUUACCACGUCGACCGAAUAGUUUCUGGUAUGCUGAGGUAGGUUUAUAUCAAAGUGGAUCUCCACUCAGCACUGGUACCACUUCAUCGGAAAACAGCGCUGGAAGUACCACCAGCGCUAGUGUCGCCACCUACGAAACAAAAGAUUACUACAACGCGUCAGUUAAGAGUUAUGACAGCGCUGAUACACGAAAAGAUGACAGUUUUAAUAGUUUCCAAGGUGACAUUCAACUUAGGUUACAAGAUGAGCCUUUAUAUCAAUUCUACGAUGCUGCCGUGCUUGAAUCCGUGUGUAAUUCUGGAUUGUCUGAUAUGUAUGAUGAUUAUGAAGAAAUCGCCAAGGAUAAACGCACGUCGUUCUCCAGUCGUCCGUCGGCGAUGGAAAUUGUCUCGCCGAGGAAUAAUGUUUCGGUUGCACGUACCCUCUGGUGUGAGAUACCUGAAGUUGUGCAGAGCACUGUAUUAUCGACACUGUCAACGCAUCAGAAGAAGUUACAGGAAGCCAAGUUUGAAAUGCUUACUUCUGAAGCGUCUUAUUUGAAUAGUUUGCAUGUUCUUACGGAACAUUUUGUUAAGCGCUUGAGAGAUAGCGAAUUGCUCAAUGAUGAUGAUAAGGAGAUACUGUACGGGAAGAUUAUGCCGGUGAAAGAGUGCUCGGAGAAGUUGUUGAGUGACCUUGAGCGUUGCUGGCAGGAAAAUAUUCUUUUACAUGGCGUGUGUGAUAUUGUAUUGACACAUGCUGAAGAAAACUUUGGGGUUUAUGUUGCGUAUUGUGAGAAUCAGAUUGUUUUGGAUCAAACUUUAAAGAGACUUAAGGAACGUCCGAAUUUUGUCGAAUUCCUACGACAAUUGGAAGCCAACUCAGUGUGUCAACUUUUAACACUAUAUUCGUUUUUGAUGUUACCAAUGCAACGCAUCACGCGAUGGCCGCUUCUUAUCGACGCCAUAUUGAAACGACUGUCACCACAAGACGAGGAAUACCAAAGCUGUCAAUAUGCGUUAGCUACAUUAAAUAAGAUCGUGACACGUUGCAAUGAGGGCGCUAGGAACAUGGAGCGCAUUACUGAAAUGCGCAAGUUAGCUGCCCAGAUGGAGUUUGCGCGUGGUGUGCCUCCAUUUGAGUUGGUCAACGGUAAGCGCUGGUUGGUGAGGUCUGGUCCACUCACGCAGAUGCUCAAUCGCGGCGAUGAUGUCAAACUUACAUUUGGCAAGCGAUUCACCAAAAUUCCUAUUCACUUGUUUUUGUUUAAUGAUAUUAUCAUCGUUGCAAAAAACAAAGGUGAUUCUGUAUUCGUUGUUCAACAUUAUUGCUCACGUCCAUAUUUGGAGUUAAACAGCGAGAGCUUGGCCACACUGCCAACGAAGGACACACAAGGCCGCCAUCUUAUAUUCCUCACUAUUUUGGAGAAUCACGAGGAGAAGACUGUCGAGAUGUUGCUCAGUUGUGCAUCGGAAAGUGAUAGAGAGCGAUGGAUGGAGGCUCUAUCUCCGCCAAAGUCCGAAAACCCCGAGGAGACGCUGUAUGAAUGCUGGGAUUGUCCACAAGUGACAGCGGUGCACAACUACACUGCCAAUCAGCCGGAUGAGUUGCCUAUCACUAGGGGCGAUGUCAUAAAUGUCACUAGAAAAAUGGCCGACGGUUGGUAUCACGGUGAGAGGAUACGCGACGGUGAAACCGGAUGGUUUCCUGCUAAUUACACCGUGGAGGUCGCCAAUCCGCAUGUGCGCGCGCGCAAUUUAAAACAAAGAUAUCGACUGCUCGCGUACAGCGAAAACUAUCUGAAGUCAAAGUGAAGAGGUAAGUCUCAGCAUGAACUGCCUUACCCUAAAAAAAUACCAUAUAUACAUUCCAAUUCUAGUUAAAUCUUUUUAAAAGUAAUUGUUAAGCAAUAAAAUGAGCAAAAAUAGUAGAUAAGUGAUUGAACAUGUAUAUAAUGUUAUUGCAUAUGUUAUUUUAUUGUAUAUUGCGCAAUUAUGAUAUUUAUCUUUUUA